GCAUGUCCUGUCUGCUGUGACCGCAGCUUCCUGCACCAGUCACCACGGGACUGACUCCCGUGGCAGUCAUCAGGCCAGUCGCUCCCUCAGGCGCCAGUUGUAGGCUAGGUGCUGUGUUCGCCCGUGCUGUUGAGUAGUUCAUAUUAUCUGUUUAUUAGUAUCAUCAGUGAGUUCGUCUUGUCAGUCACAGUGUUGCCCAAGGUGGUUGUUUUUAUUUACUGUUUUUGUUCUAGUAGUUGUCAGCCCAUUGUGUAAGUCUGCAAUACUGUUCUCUGUGCUGUCUACCUAUUUUUCUUUGUGUGCUCUGGUUUUCUCUAUUUAUAUAGUGCAAACUAGCAAUCACGUGUCCAAAAUUAUGAUUUAAAUCAUCUGAUUACAAUUGCACAAUUUAGUUGGAGGAAUAGCUUACUAAAAACCAUUUCCACCUUAGUGAGAGUAAAUGAUCCAACUAUUAGUUUCUAUGUCUCAGCAAUAAUUACAGUUAGUUGGGGUGGAGGAAUAGUAAAAAAUAAAAUGUUUCACUAACAUCUGAAGUAGCUGAGUAGAGUGACCACCUCCCAGCCGAGGACUGCCAUGGAGUGCCUGCUGACGCCGUGGUGUCUGUGCUGGCGUGCCCGCGCGGGAGAAGCCAACUGCCCCGGACCCCGGCAGGGGUCAAGCACCCCCGCGUGCGAGGCUGCACCAGGGAGCACCAGCGAGGCCCGGAGUCUGCACACGGCAGGAUCCACGACGGACGACACGGACAUAGAGACCAUGUGCGACCGGCUGACCGCAGUGCUCGAGGAGUCCUUCAGCCACGCUGCCCGCCAGAGAGACCCACCUGCUCCGCUGCUGAGAGACACAUCCUUCCAGGAGCUGCCCCGCGGCCAGCCCUUCGGCUCCUACCUGCACCUGGUGGAGGUGCAGACGCCUCUGUCGCCGCGAGAAACUCCUCUGCCGCAGUGACUGGCCCCACUGUGCACUCGUGUCGCGACCCUAACCUCUCCAUCACCACACAUGUGGAAGCAGAGAGCAGUGUUAAUGAGCUCAGCUGGAACUUUACGAUCUGUAAAGUCUGGAAAGAUCAGCUUCUUAGAUUUUAUGAAUUAUCAUUUAUUAUUGAGAAAUAA